CAUGGCAGCCGCAGCCGCGCGCCUGAGGGGAGGCGGCGGCGCCGCGGCCGCUCCCGGAGCCGCUCCCGUUCCUCAUCCCGCAAACCGGAGCCGCUCCCGCUCCCAUCCCGCUCCCUGCCCACUGCGAUGGUGCCCGAGCGGAGCCGCGGCGGCGGAGGGGCGGCCGUGCCGCUGCUGCGCGGCUCCAGCCGGGCGCGGGGGCGGCGGCAGCAGCAGCAGCAGCAGCAGCAGCAGCAGCAGCAGCGCAGACCUUAAUUUAUUUGGGAUUGGGAUCCCCAUGGCACGUGCACUAGAGGAUAAUUUGGAGUAAGGAGGUGUUUUGAUCCUUCCCAAGAUGGUGGGGAAGCUGAAGCAGAACCUGCUGCUGGCGUGCCUGGUGAUCAGCUCGGUGACCGUGUUCUACCUGGGCCAGCACGCCAUGGAGUGCCACCACCGCAUGGAGGAGCGCGGGCAGCCCCCGCGGGGGGACAGCGCCAGGGCCACUGUGGGGACAGCCCCCGCUGGCAGUGGUGGUGGUGGCAGUGCCAACAGGAGCCUGCCCUACAGCAAGGACAUGCCCCUGAUCUUCAUCGGGGGCGUGCCCCGCAGCGGCACCACGCUGAUGCGUGCCAUGCUGGACGCGCACCCCGACAUCCGCUGCGGGGAGGAGACCAGGGUGAUCCCCAGGAUCCUGGCUGUGAAACAGAUGUGGGCCAGGUCCAGCAAGGAGAAAAUCCGCCUGGACGAGGCCGGGGUGACGGAUGAGGUGCUGGAUUCGGCCAUGCAGGCCUUCCUGCUGGAGAUCAUCGUCAAGCACGGCGAGCCCGCUCCCUACCUGUGCAACAAGGAUCCCUUCGCUUUGAAAUCCUUAACUUACCUGGCCAGGAUCUUCCCCAACGCCAAAUUCCUGCUGAUGGUGAGGGAUGGCCGUGCCUCGGUGCACUCCAUGAUCUCCAGGAAGGUCACCAUAGCUGGCUUUGACCUGAACAGCUACAGGGACUGCCUGACCAAGUGGAACCGGGCCAUAGAGACCAUGUACAACCAGUGCAUGGAGGUGGGCUUCCAGAGGUGCAUGCUGGUGCACUAUGAGCAGCUGGUGCUGCACCCCGAGAGGUGGAUGAGGACUCUCCUCAAGUUCCUGCACAUCCCCUGGAACCAGGCAGUGCUGCACCACGAGGAGAUGAUUGGAAAAGCAGGGGGGGUUUCUCUUUCCAAGGUUGAAAGAUCCACUGACCAAGUGAUCAAGCCGGUGAAUGUGGAAGCCCUGUCCAAGUGGGUGGGGAAGAUCCCAGCUGAUGUCCUGCAGGACAUGCCAGUGAUCGCCCCCAUGCUGGCCAAACUGGGCUAUGACCCCUAUGCCAACCCCCCCAAUUAUGGGAAGCCAGAUCAGAAAGUGGUGGAAAACACCAGGAGGGUCUAUAAAGGUGAAUUUCAGCUUCCUGACUUCCUCAAAGAAGUGCCACAGACUGAACCUAUGGAGUAGAAGAUAAAAUGGACAUUUCUUGCACAGAAGGAGAUCAGCUGCUGCCUUUUCCAUGGGAAUGAUCCCUCAGGCCUGUCCCCCUGGCAUCAGAGAUGUGCUGCUCAUGGCCUGCUCUCUUCAGAAUGUUCUCUCCUCUUUCUUUCAUCUGUUUUUGUUCCAAAUUUUGCUGUUGUGAGCGCAUGUAAACCUGUUAAAAAACAAACAAAAAAAAUCACAGAUGUUAAUGUAGAACUGCAUUACAUUCGCACAACUAUUUUUUCUUAAGGUUUUAAAAAAUGCAGAAGCAAUGCCUGUCUCUGAAAUUGCUCCUCUGUUUUAAUUACAGGGCUCCAUCUUCAGAUUUUUUUUUGUUUGUUUCUUGUAGCAGUUUGGUUUUAAAUGUACAAAGCUUUCAAGAGUGGUCUGUGCUUGUCCUGAAAGAUUCUUGGUGGAAAAGUUGUUUGUUUUAUUCAUAUGUGAAAAAUGUUAAAUAUCUUUUAUUUAAAAAGAAAAAAAAGUUGAUAAAUUACAUGUACAAUUACAAUUCAAUGAUCUUUUGUAUUUUAUUUUUCAAAAUAAAUGCUUUAAAUGUGA